AUGGUCGAGAGCCAGUGUGUCGCCGCCGGGCCCGUGAAAACUUACAUCAUGAGUGAUUUACUGAAGAAAUUCGAUUUCGACACCAAAAAUGAUUUCAUGAAGAUAGCCGUCGCUAUCGGUGGCUUUUAUAUGGGAAUCUUCUAUCUUGAGUAUGUGGAUGCAGAAUACAGUCUAUGGCUAACAUGGUUCCUGACGCCCGUUAUUGUGACUUUUUUGCUACCAGCAGUCAUCAUCGUGUUAAUAUACAUGAGCAGCAUCAUAUUUCAUCUCUGCAGGCUGUACAGAUUACGAGUGGUGGACGGUGUUCAAAACGAUUGGAAACACGCAGCACGAUUAGCAGUAUGUGCGUUAUGGGACGCUCAUGGCUGGCUAUGGCAUGGUUAUGAAAUUCGCGGCUUAGAAAACAUCCCAGACGGACCAUUCCUAAUAAUCUAUUACCACGGUGCGUUACCAAUCGACAUGUACUACUUCACCGCACGUAUGCUGCUCUUCAAACGAAGACAUAUACACACUGUGGCUGAUCGUUUCAUGUUCAAGAUACCUGGUUGGUCAACCCUUCUAGAAGGUUUGUGCGUUAUACCAGGCACCGUGCAGACAUGCGCGGGGGUACUUCGCAGCGGGAACCCAUUGGCUAUAUCUCCGGGGGGUGUUUAUGAAGCUCAGUUUGGCGACCACAUGUAUAGUUUGCACUGGAAAUCGCGAAUAGGUUUCGCUAAAGUCGCCCAAGAGGCCAAAGUGCCCAUAGUGCCGAUGUUUACGCAAAACGUGCGCGAAGCAUUCCGCACAGUCGGUUGGUUACGUGGUGUAUGUUUGCGUAUAUAUGCUGCCACGAGGGUACCUCUAGCGCCUGUCUACGGGGGAUUCCCCGUAAAACUGAUAACGCACAUUGGCGCUCCUAUACCACACGACCCAGCGUUAACUCCACAACAAUUACAGAAAAAGGUCGCCGGCGCCAUAGAAAAUCUUAUCGAAGAACACCAAAGGUUACCAGGGAGUAUUCUGCUGGCACUCAUGGAGCGAUUUUACGAGAUACCCAAGAGGAGAAAAUUGAGUGAGAAAACUCACGAGACCAACGGCAAAUGCCACAACGGCACAGUGAAAGAGAGAGACGCGAAUAGUUUAAGUGAUAAACGUGACAGUGAUAAAGCGACAGUCUCAUAA